AUGAGCGACAUCAUUGAACCCGAUCGCAAUGAAGCUCAACCACUGCUGUCCGACCGAGAUACCGCAGAAUGGCCCGCGAAUGACUGGUGCACUGAGCUGGGGCUCAUUGCGCGUUACACUAUCCCUCUAGUGGCGACCUACCUACUGCAGUACUCCUUCAGUGUUAUCUCGACUACAGUAGCCGGUCAUUUGAGCCCCGAUGAUCUCGCCGCUGCUGCAAUUGCUGUCACGACGCAGAGUAUCUGUGGUCUUGCUCUCUAUGAGGGAAUGGCUACCGCUCUCGACACUCUUUGCGCCCAGGCCUACGGAUCCGGGAAUAAAACUGGUGUUGGUUUGCACGUCCAGCGCAUGCUGUAUCUCAUGGCAAUUGUUACCAUCCCUGUCGCCGCCAUCUGGUUAUCGUCGCCUGCCUUCUUGAGUCUCAUUCUACGACAAGAUGACCUCGCAGUCAAGGCUGGUUCAUUUCUACGGGUCAGUAUCCUCGGUAUUCCCGGCUAUGCUUCCUUCGAAGCUUUGAAGCGGUUCUUGCAAGCACAAGGUGACUUCAACACCGGUAUGGCUGUCUUAUUGGUUUGUGCUCCCAUCAAUGCCCUCCUCAGCUGGCUUUUCGCCUUCCCUCUCAAUAUGGGCCUUGGGGGUGCAGCUCUUGGUGCUGCUGUCGCAAACACCCUUCGACCUACCCUCCUUCUUGUGUGUAUCUUCUUCAAGAAGUCCACUCAUGAGUGCUGGCCUGGUUUCACCCGUCGCGCUCUGCAAGGUUGGGGUCCGAUGGUAAGACUAUCCGUCGCUGGUUCUGCUGUAACCCUGGCGGAAUGGGCAGCUUUCGAGAUCAUUACUGUUAGCACAUCGUAUAUCAGCACGAUACAUCUUGCUGCCCAGACGGUCUUGACUACGACUUCGAUCGUUAUGUGGCACAUCCCUUUCUCACUUGGUGUUGCAGUCAGUACAAGGAUCGGACAUCUAAUCGGCGGUGGACAUGUGGCAGCAGCUCGUCGUAUCACCAUCCUCUACGGUAUCCUGUUCGUCGCACUUGGUGUCUUCAAUGGUACAGUCUUGCUAUCACUCAGAAACUACAUCGGUCCCUUCUACACCAACGACGACGCUGUUCGUCGCAUUGUAGCGAACACCAUGUUUGUCGUCGCCGCCUUCCAAAUAGUCGACUCUAUCAUUUGCGGAUGCAAUGGUGUUCUCAGAGGGUUAGCAAAGCAAGGUGUUGCCGCUUGGGUUGUCUUGAUUGUUAACUACCUCGCCGCUGUCCCUAUUGCGGUCUGGUUGGAACUCGGACCACUACAAUUGGGGUUGAACGGCGUAUGGUCUGGGCUCAUAGGAGGGUCUGCUGUCAUAGCUGCUAUUGAGAUCGCCUACAUGGUUAGGGUAGACUGGAGAGGAUCGGUUGAGGUAGUAAAGUCUAGAGAAGACUAG